UUCAAAGUAUCUACCAUGGCAACCGUAAAGAGGCGCGUAAUGUAGUUCGCUGUUCGUCUGCAUGAUGUUUGGAGAUUCGGAAAAGGGUUUUUCAAGAUGACACUUUCAGCCCUGAUAGCGUUGCUCGCAAUAAACUUUGCCUUUGGAGCCGGCCUUGAAGAUAAUCACUAUAUUGAUCAACAGCACAACCCUGGACAUGAUGUUAAUGUGCUUCUUGGCAAUCAGAACACCAAAGAAACGGGUCAAAUGGACCCAUCGCAGCAGAGGGAGAAAAUAAUUGAGAUAGUCAAAAAGAUUGAUAUCAACUCUGAUAAAAUGUUAUCAACAGAGGAGCUGGCUCUGUGGAUCCAGCAGGUCUACAGAAAAUAUGCACUGGAAGAUGUGGAGGAGCGCUUCCCUAAGUUCGACCCGAACGCAGACGGCGUGGUGUCUUGGGAGGAGUACAACACGCAACAAGGGCUCAUCACCCUCGACGAUGCUGCGGUUUUGAACGACCCUGAACAAGAGUCCAUCAGAUAUCUGAGCUUGAAGGAGAAAAGGCGCUUUGAUUUCGCUGAUGUGGACGACACAGCAGGGCUUAAUCUGCCAGAGUUUCUCGCCUUCACGCACCCCUCUGAGGUGGAUCAUAUGGCCGACUUCACCAUUGAGGAUGUGUUGAGCGAAUAUGACCGGGACGGUGAUGGAUUCAUCAGUCUAACAGAGUUUAUUGGGGAUGUCCGUGGCAAUGGAGAUAGCACUCCAUCUCAUUGGGAGGUGGAGGAAACUGUGCGUUUUAAAGAGCUCUACGACCAGGAUAAAGACGGCAAACUGAACCCCCAAGAGCAGCUUCGCUGGGUGGCUCCCAAUAGUUACGGGUCAGCAAGGGAAGAGGCUCUUCAUCUAGUCAAGGAAAUGGAUCAUGAUGGAGAUGGGAAAAUCUCAGAGGCAGAGGUCCUGAAAAAUCAAGAGUCAUUCAUGAACAGUGAAGUGACAGACUACGGUCGCCAACUGAUCACGUCACACGACGAAUUAUAACUUCGCUAUUAAUGUUCAUGUGUGCACAAACUCUAAAUCUGGCUUCUAUUUUGUAUUAUUCCAAAAAGAAAUCUCUUACAUAUCUUAUUUUUUUAAGAAAUGAAUUAAUUAACACUAUAUGAGCAAUGGAUAUCUGAGGUACUGCUGUAUUGCAGUUAUUAUUCAGAAGUUAUCCCCUCACCUUAUUUGCAGUUAUUAACUAACCAGUAGAAGAAAGAAAUCUUUGUGUUCACUCUGGAUGUGCUUUGGUGGGAUGUGCAAUGCAGCUCUUCCUCAUUCAAACGACCGAGGCACUGGUGAGUGUCAAGGCUUGUUUCCUGAAUGUGUCACAAAGAGUUUCAGUUCAUAUCAACCCUGAUAUGCAUGGCCCGUCAAAUCUUUUUGGAAGGCAAGCUUUGCAUAGUGAACUCGACUGAGGGACCGUUCAAAGGGACUAUUAUCUACCGGCUGUUAAAAUGGCUUUACAAUUCAAAGAUGUCUUUUGGGUAAGUGGGCCAAUUAUGUUAUUAAACCUAAUUAACUAAUGCAUUAAGUAGCUAUUUAUGUUACUGUUUCAGUAAGGUUGUGUAUGUGUACAUGAAUUAAAACAAUGCGUAAUGAAAUAUUGUGUGUUCACUUCCUCUUCGCUAUGCUGUAACUCAUGACUCGAACAUCCUCAAGGUGUCCUCUUUGUGAACGAAUGUUUUAACUAAGUUUUGUUUUAACUACAAACUAAGGCGCAUUAAGUGGUUUUCAUAUGAUUUAUUAUUUUGAGUUUUUCAUAAAUUGUAAAUAGAUAAAUGAAAUGUAGGUAGAUAAAUCCAACUGAUACACUACAAUUUGAGGGCAAACACAAUAGAUGGAAAAAAGUAACUGAAAACUAAUGGAUUUGCAUGCAACACAAGCACAAUUAUUCCAUUGCAGCCUUUGAAAAAAAGACAGCUUACUUAAUUUUUGGUACCUAUAAACCCCCCCUCUUUCAUAUGUGCAUCCUGUUCAACAUUCAAAUGUUUUCAUUAUACUUUACAUAAAUCCUUUAUCUAUACUAUAGCACACUUUAAAUUAUGCAUCUAAACGACUGAUAUUGACUUUGGUUAAGAUUACUAUUGACCAACUCCUGGGGCUUGUAUCAUUUGAUGUUGUAACGUAACUGAUUUUGCUCAAGAUCCUCGAUCCUUUCAAUUAAAGUGCACACACUAAAACAUCUAUAACUAAACUGCUAUAUAUAUAUAUAAUAGGCUAUAUAUACAGGAGAGACACAUAAACAUUACAUGUAGACACAUAUAGCCGUUUGAAAGCCCUGCCGACAUUGGUAUGUCCUGUAUGUUUGGGUGUAUAAUAGUUAGUUAGUUUAUAUGCUCCUUAUAACGGCUAGCCGUUGGGAGUUGCUGGACCGGCCCAAUUGUCGAUCCAGCAGCAGACAUCACGACAUCAGUCAGGGUUAGGUACCUUGUCAAGGACACCUCGACACUCAGCUAACCGGGGAUCGAACCAGCAAGUUACCAGCCAACCCGCUCUACCUCCUGAGCUACUGCCGGACCAAUAAUGCAGCCUGUUGAUACAAUUAUCAUAUUGGACA